AUGUUCAAAUCAUUCUUCAUUCUCUUCGCUCUUUUCGCUCUCAUCGCUGCUAAUCCAGUCAAAAGAGAAGCUGACGAAGUCAUCGAAGUUGUCGAUGAUGUUCCAGAAGAAUCCGGAGCAUCUGGGGAAACCGAAUUGCACCAUCAUGAUCAUUCCGAACCUGAAUCAUCUGGAGAACAACCCGCGGCUGAGGAACCAAUGGAAUCUGAAUCAAAAGCUGAACAACAACAACAACCAAAAGUGAUUGCUGAUGAGCCAAAAGAAGAUGAAGCUGAAGAGAAAUCAGUUGAAUCCGCUUCAGUUGCCAAUAUUCCAGCACAAGAAGAUGCUCCAGUUACCGCUGAAGUUCCAACAACUUCAGCUGCAACUGAAGUCAAAGCUGCUGAACCAAAAGAAGUCUCAUCGGCCACUUCAGUUUUCUCAUCAAUUUUCGCAAUUUUGUCCCUUUACCUUAUCAUGUUCUAA